CUCUGCCCCCCUUGAGACCCAUAACAUUGCCAGGCUGCGGCUGGCCGGACGCGUGACAUCCACACACCUCAACAUUUUGCCUUCAUGCCAGUUUGCUCUGCCUUUGGUUGCGCCCACAGAGGCGGGGAUGGCAGCAUAACGCUUCAUCGAUAAACCUUCAAGAUGGAAGCUCAUGCAUCUCCUUGGCAUAAUGACAGUCGCUUUUCUUAUUUCUGGCAACAUUACAACAUGCUGAUGAAUGCAGGACAUCAAGAUGCUGUUAUGAGGGGAAGAUAUGUUGCUAUGCAGACUAGGGCAACACUGACCACCAUGCAGAGUGGGAUGCAUCACCCUCUCAGCAGCAAGUUGCAGCAGUCACAUGUUUCAAAGAAUCCAUUCAGGGAAAAAUAUCUGAAAAAACAAAGGAAGAGAAUAAAGAAGAACAAUAAAAGAAAAAAAAGGAGUAUAAGUAUAAUUCAGGGGAACCAAAGUGAUACUGAAUCCUUGUAUUCUCAAAUGAGACAGGGUAUGCACAUACAAGAUACAAAUGAAGACAUGGAAGUGACAGAGGACUUCCUUGCCUUCUUGGAACAAAGUAAGAAGCACCGUGAGGAGUGGAAGAACACAAAGUCUCCGAGGAACCUCAGCUUCUCAGAGGAGAAUAUAUUGACUAGCAAAGAGGUAGCUCCUUACCCAAACCCCAAGGAACACCCAGAUGUUAUACGUAGCAGAGAAAUGCAGGAACUAUAUGGUCAAGCAUCUCCAAAGAUACAAGCAAUGGAAACUGCUCUACAGCUAUCUUUUGAUCGCAACAACACAAUAUAUCAACCCAAAUACUGGCCAAAUAUUCCCUUGAAUGUUAUGUUUAAUUAAACUUGCAGUCAUACUCCAAUUAAAUUUCAGCAGUGUCUAUAAUUCUGCAGGGAAUUCACAAUAGACUAAGCAUAUAAAUUCCAUUAUGGUGGUGGUGGUGGUGGUACGUGAUGGUGGUGGUGGUGUUGGUACGUGAUAGUGGUGGUGGUGGUGGUAUGUGAUAGUGGUGGUGGUGGUGGUACGUGAUAGUGGUGGUGGUGGUGGUGGUACAUGAUAGUGGUGGUGGUGGUGGUACGUGAUGGUGGUGGUGGUGGUACGUGAUAGUGGUGGUGGUGGUGGUGGUACGUGAUAGUGGUGGUGGUGGUGGUGGUACAUGAUAGUGGUGGUGGUGGUGGUGGUGGUGGUUUUCAUAAACAGAGAGAGAGAGAGUAUAAAACCUGAGUUAUGUCAUAUGUCACGUUAGUCCAUCUCUCUCUCUCUCUCUCUCCACCCACCACCACCAUCACCACCACCACCAUCACCACUACUAUAGCACCACCAUCACCACCACUAUAGCACCACCACCACCAUCAACAUCACCACCACCACCACCAUCAACAUUACCAUCACCACCAUCAACAACAUCACCACCACCACCAUCAACAACAUCACCACCACCACCAUCAUCACCACCUACCACUUACCUCCACUUUGAAGUUGCCGGCUGGAGCACAGAGUUGGCUCGACUGGGCUCCCAAAGAUGGCGGCCGAGGUAUUUCUGGUU